UGUUUCUUAUUUAGCCACGGCCAUACCAUUCUCUCCCUCCUCCAUUGCACACCAUACAAACAAGCACAUUCAUUCACAGACCAAACCAACCACAGAGGUGAGUAAGCAUGGCAGGGCUGCAGCGAUCUUCGCAAACAUUCAGGAGGUCCGGCUCAUCAGGCUUGGUUUGGGAUGAGAGGCUCAUGUCUUCACAGGACGACGGCAACCAGGUGGAGCCAGAGGAUGGAGCCAUGGAGUUCAAGGAGCUCAGGCACUCCCGCAGCGUUGGCUCAGCUGGGCUGCAGCGCAGGCGCGACGAUGGCGAGGAGCGCAGGCGGCGCAGCGACGACGGCAACCAGGGGUUCCAUACCCGGCGUGUAGCCCCAGCUCUGGACCCGCCUUCGCCCAAGGUUCCUGGCUGCAUCUUCUGUGGGAUCUUCAGGAAGGCUGGAGCUUCACAGCCAUCCAAGCCCAGAAGAAGACUUGACAUGAACUACUAGAAGAGUAUGGGCACAGGACUGAAGUGUAUGAAUGGAGAAUUCCCACUAUCAAAGCUAUCAAUUAGUGGUUUCCAGGUGGACAGGUUGGUCUGAUGCACUUUGCCUCUGGUUGUCGGAGAGACGGACCGUAUCCUAGUAUAUGAUUUUUUGUGUGGCGUUUGUUUUCUGAUGAUGAUAACCAAAUAUGUUUGCUUAUAGGGCUCUUUUUUGGGAAACCUUGGAAUAGCUAAUCAGUCAAGUACAUUAAUCACCUACGGCAGAGGAAAACUAAAUGGUUGGUGUUUUCCAUAAUCCAUAGUAAGCACAAUCAGAUGGUAAUUGUAAACAUAUUAUGUGAGUCAAAUAGAAAUAGUAAGCACAAUUAGAUGGUAAUUGCAUGUUGACCAAAUAGAAAUAAGAUUAUCAAGUCGCGUACAAUUAGUACUUCCUCCGUUUCAAAUUAUAGGUCGUUUUGGCUUUUCUAGAUGCAUAGAUAUUACUAUGCAUCUAGACAUAAGAUAUGUCUAAGUAUAUAACAAAGUCUAUAAAUUUAAUAAAGCUAAAAUGACCUAUAAUUUGAGGCGGAGGAGUAGUCCAUUGUCUUUUGUAAGGUCCCUGUCACUAUAUCCUCUUUCGGAUCAUGUAACAACGGAGCUCCGUAACCAGCUUGUUGACCUUCCUGCAUAUUCUCGAGUUUUCUGGUACUUAAUGUGGUCACUAUCAGUGAGCCCAUUGCUUGAAAGGCCAAGUAGGAUAUCCACAAAUCCAUUUUUUUUCUUGUAUAUACGUUUUAAGUUUUUAUUUUCUUGCGCUUUAAGUUUCUUUGCCGCAGUGUGUCCCAUUUUACCUAUGUGUUUUCAUUUUUCUAUCAAUUUUUUCAUUGUGCACUAUUGUUGCAAUAUUGCCACUUUUCUUUCAGUUAGAAACUGAAGAAAGGCUUGUGGUAUAUGCUUUUCCAUUAUCUAAAAAAUGUGACUCACCACGGACAUUUUGUUUAACCCUUCAACAGUUAUCAUGUUUGAGUUCCUGCCAAGCAGAUUUGCUUUCAGUGCUGGAUCUUCUACUGCCCUUGCCCUGUUUCUGAAAAGGGCUGCUAGUUUCCGUUUAGAAUUGCAUCGAAAUUUUGUUUGCCUGAUUGUUUACAACACGACAUUGACUUGAAGUAGUAUGAAGUGAAGAACCUCACAAAUUUAGGGUCCAGAAGAAAAAAAAUCACCCUUGAAAAAUUUUGAAUACCCACACCAUAAAUCCUGGGCCCGCCCCUGCUGACUUCAAUGGACUGUCAGCUAUACAACUUUGUCUUUACAUACAGAGUUAGUACCUGAAUGAAGCUGCAGGGUUUUGGAAUCUCUAUACUCCUGCUUGUUAGCUUGUAUGUUAAUGAAGCAGUACAAAUAUGUGCUAAAAUGGUUGGCGUCUUUUUGGAUGGAAUGCUGAAAUGGCAUUGAGGAUUCGGGCAUAAAUGGAUUCAUGGCUACAAUGGCACUGUACUUGGACCAUUAUUCAUUUGGCAGACAAUUAAAAGGGAAAAGUAAGCAGGGUCCGCACUUCAGGAAUAAGUUGCUUUCACAUGAUUAAGACAAGGAUCUUCCAACGAACUGGGUGAAGGCUGCCAUUAGUAGCAAGCAACUCAGGAGCAUAACCUAAUUGUUAUUUGGAUGUAAAUGAACAUGUGUUAAGUAAUGCAGGGGCACUCUUUACUCUGAUUCAGACGAUCAGUGUGGCUGAUGCUGUGGGGUUCCACAUGUUUCUUAAUUCCUUCCAGGAAGGAACCAUCGAUGCUGGUAAUGGUGCACGUGGUCGCAAUGGUGUCAGUAGAUUAUUCCAUUUCUUAUUCUUUUUGAGAGGAAAAAUACGGAGUAUUAUUUAGCAUAAUCCAUCACCAUGCUCAAGAUUGGUGUCUCGAGGAAUCAUCAAUGGUGUAAAAUGCCCCCCCCCCCGGGACCCACACACUCUCACACACACAAAAGCUAUACCAUAG